AUGAGCCGCCAUUUCUUGUAUUAUUGUGGUGAACCUAUUCUGGAUGUGAAGAUUGCCUUUUGUCAGGUGUCCAUGGUUUCUCUGUUUUCACCAAUCCCUCUCCCCUUCCCUUCCUCUGUACAACAGGGAUUUGGGAAACAAGUGGAUGUGUCGUAUAUUGCCAAACAUUACAACAUGAGCAAAAGCAAAGUUGACAACCAGUUCUACAGCGUGGAAGUAGGUGACUCGACCUUCACAGUCCUCAAACGCUACCAGAACUUGAAACCUAUUGGCUCUGGGGCUCAGGGAAUAGUUUGUGCUGCAUAUGAUGCCGUCCUUGACAGAAACGUGGCCAUUAAGAAGCUCAGCAGACCAUUUCAGAACCAAACCCAUGCCAAGCGAGCUUACAGGGAGCUGGUCCUCAUGAAGUGUGUGAAUCAUAAAAAUAUUAUAAGUUUAUUAAAUGUCUUCACACCACAGAAAUCUCUGGAGGAGUUCCAGGAUGUCUACCUGGUAAUGGAGUUAAUGGAUGCCAACCUGUGUCAGGUCAUUCAGAUGGAGCUGGACCAUGAGCGAAUGUCUUACCUUCUGUACCAAAUGCUCUGUGGAAUCAAGCAUCUUCACUCUGCAGGGAUUAUUCACAGGGAUUUAAAACCAAGUAACAUUGUAGUAAAAUCUGACUGCACGUUGAAGAUUCUGGAUUUUGGGCUGGCCAGGACUGCAGGCACUAGCUUCAUGAUGACCCCGUAUGUGGUGACACGUUACUACAGAGCACCGGAGGUCAUCCUGGGAAUGGGCUACAAGGAGAACGUGGAUAUAUGGUCUGUGGGAUGCAUUAUGGGAGAAAUGGUUCGCCACAAAAUCCUCUUUCCAGGAAGGGACUAUAUUGAUCAGUGGAAUAAAGUUAUUGAGCAGCUGGGAACACCCUGUCCAGAAUUCAUGAAGAAGCUGCAGCCCACAGUACGGAACUACGUUGAGAACAGACCCAAGUAUGCUGGCCUCACUUUCCCCAAACUUUUUCCAGACUCUCUCUUCCCAGCAGACUCGGAACACAACAAACUCAAAGCCAGCCAAGCCAGGGACCUCUUAUCAAAGAUGCUGGUCAUUGAUCCGGCCAAGAGGAUAUCAGUAGAUGAAGCCUUACAGCAUCCAUACAUUAAUGUCUGGUACGACCCAGCAGAGGUGGAGGCGCCUCCUCCUCAGAUAUAUGAUAAACAGCUGGAUGAAAGGGAACAUACAAUUGAGGAAUGGAAAGAACUCAUCUACAAAGAAGUAAUGAAUUCUGAAGAAAAGACUAAAAAUGGCGUAGUAAAAGGACAGCCUUCUCCUUCAGGUGCAGCAGUGAACAGCAGUGAGAGCCUCCCUCCAUCCUCAUCUGUCAACGACAUCUCAUCCAUGUCCACGGAUCAAACCCUGGCGUCUGACACGGACAGCAGCCUGGAAGCUUCUGCAGGACCCCUCGGUUGUUGCAGGUGACUAGCCGCCUGCCUGCGAAACCCAGCGUUC